UCUUUUUCUCUGAAUAAAUACAUGGCAGAUGACAAGGGUUUAUUAGAAUAUGUUAGAAAAUCAACCCCGCCACCUUUUUUAUUAAAAACCUACAUGUUAGUGGAGGAUCUGGCGACCGAUGAUGUGAUAUCAUGGAACGGGGAGGGGACCGGAUUUGUGGUGUGGCAGCCGGCAGAGUUCUCUCGUGAUCUCCUACCAACACUCUUCAAGCAUAGCAAUUUCUCUAGCUUUGUCCGGCAACUCAAUACUUAUGGUUUUCGAAAAGUUGCAACGAGCCGGUGGGAGUUUUGCAAUGACAUGUUUCGGAAGGGAGAAAGAGAGCUACUACGCCAAAUUCGUCGAAGAAAAGCUUGGACUAACAAGCAACAACCUAUUGCACCAUUAAUUGAUCAAGUCGCACCACAGGAGUUUGAAGAAGAUCAAAGAUCAUCAUCCACUUUAUCAUCGUCCGAAUACACUUCUCUAGUUGAUGAAAAUAGACGACUCAAGAAAGAAAAUGGGGUCUUGAGCACUGAGCUUUCUAGCAUGAAAAGAAAGUGCAAGGAGCUACUUGAUUUAGUAGCUAAAAACGCACAUUUGGAGAAAGAAGAGGAAGAUGAAAGGCCAAAGUUGUUUGGUGUGAGAUUGGAAGUCGAGGGGGAAAGGGAGAAGAAGAGGAAGAGAGCAGAGAUUAGAGAAAGUGCAACCAUUUUACUAUCUCAAUAAUGCAAAUAAAAUGUGUGCCAUGUAGAAUAAUCCAAGGACAAGUCAUCAGCUACUAAGACAAAAAAAUGAAGUAGCUAGCUUAAUUAGACACAGAAAAGUUUGAAGUUGUAUUCUCUGUUGUUGUUGCUGUAGUAAUGAACAAGAUCGAUCUGUACAUUGCCAAGUAUCUUUAAGGGUGUUAAAACGGGCACAAGCCCCCCUUAUGUUAGCUACAUGAUUGAGUGAAGUUAACAUAUGUUUCUUGUUGUUGAAAAUGUAUAAUAUAUACAAUUUUACAUGGUUUGCUUGGCAAUGCAAUUGCUGUUCGUAGUAGUAAGUUACA